CGCGCAGUGGAAGGCGGGGCCAGGACUCCGCGAGGGCGGGGCGGCUCGGCCUGCGGCGGCCAUGACAUCCAGGCAGAUCCCGGCGCUGGUGGGUGCGGCGCUCGGGGGUCAGCGUCCCGCUGCCCCCUGGCCACGGCCCCUCUGGGUCACAGCAAGGUUCCACCAGCACCCCAGCGUCACCCUCUGCUUUGCUUCUGAGCGAGAUCGCGGCGGUGCCGGGUCCCCCUCGCAGGACGGGCCCGUGGGGGCGGAGAGGCUCCCGGCGAGUCAAGAGUUAACCGCGGCAGAGCGACAGAUCGCGGACUUGCACGCGGCCGCCUGCGCGGCCGGCCAGCUCAGCUACCUGGACCCGGCCACCGGCUACGUGGUGCUGACGCAGCUCGCGCACGCGCGGAGGGGCUGGUGCUGCGGCUCUGCCUGCAGACACUGUCCGUACGGCCAAGUCAACGUCAAAGAUCCAGCCAAGAAGAAGCAAUUCAAUUCCUAUUUUUACGUUUGACAAGAAUGUCAUCUCUGUUCUCCUGCAUUAAACCUUAUUUAAAGAAACCAGCACCCCAACCCAGAACGGUUCUCUGCCUCUCAGUGCUUGAGCGCCAGGCCCAUCGUAAGGGUAUCUAUGAAAAGGACAUCGAUACAAUGAAAAAGCUAGCACGCGUUGGGGUAUUGAUAGUUAUUUUUCUUUUUGCCUCCCUCACUAUCGGACACAUAUGUUGAAGAAAGAAAAUAGCGAAUGUUCCAUUCAAUAAAGACUAGAACCCGGUGGCACCGGUCCCCCCUGAA